ACAGACAACAUUUGCUUUUGCAAGUCUCAAGUGCAGUUUCCGGUUUAGUGACACUUUGUUUUGGUUGCGCCUUCAGCUCAUGUUUUAGUUGACUCACUUAUGAUUGAUACGGUAUGAGUGUUACACAUUAUUUUUAUUAAAGGAAUAUGGGAUCAAGAGGGGAGAGAAAGAUCACAAAUGUGGAAGUCUCCGAUGUACAGAAACGAAGAAAACCCAGCAAACAUUAUGUCUACAUUAUCCGAGUCACUUGGAAUACUAGGACUGUCAAUAUUAUCUACAGACGAUACAGCAGGUUCUUUGAUUUUCAGCACUCAUUAUUAGAGAAAUUCCCAGUAGAAUCAGGACAGCUGGACCCUAACCAAAGAGUUAUUCCAUUUCUCCCAGGUAAAAUAUACUUUGGCCGCAGUCAGGUGAGAGAGGUGGCCUUGAAGAGACUAAGUCAGAUAGAUGAUUAUUGUAAGGCUCUGAUCAGUUUGGAGGAGAGAAUCUCCCAGUGUGAUGAGGUGCUGGUUUUAGUUCUUCAAUAUUUUGUUUUUAGGAGGAUGACAUCUUAA